ACAGAGGCGACAUGACAUUUCACUGACAUUUACGUAAACAAAAACAUUUUUCGCGUUCGUCAGAUUUGAUCCCCUUGGCAAAAUUGUGUCGGAUUAUGAUUGAAUCAGACAAGUAGUUGUAUACAGCAUGCCAAGUCUACUUUUUAAAAGCAUCAAAUCGUUCAGCAGCGAGGAUCCAUUAUUUCCCGCUUCGAAUCUUCUCUCGUCCACCACCUCAACUGGCAAAAAGUGGAAAUGUCAAUCGGAGGGCGAAAAGUCCGCCGAAGUUGUACUGGAAUUGGAGAGCUCAUCGACAAUAACUGCAAUUGACAUUGGUAAUGAACAUUCCGCCUUUGUUGAGGUGUUUGUGUCGAAGAAUGGUGCGUCGGAAUUCCAGCAAAUCCUGCUGGUGUCUUCGUUCAUGACGCCAGUGGAAAGUCGCAACUCCGAAACGAUCAAUCGCGUCCGUUGCUUCAACAAAUCGGCAUUGGUCGAAGAUGUGGUCGAAUCGAAGUGUAAAUGGGAUCUCGUCAAAGUGGUGUGCACGCAACCGUUCAACAAACGCGUGAAAUACGGUCUGUCGUUCAUAAAACUACACUCAACGGAUGCCAAGGAAUCCGUUAACAACAUGGAAUUGACGUCGGUGCCACAGAAACUGUUCGGAAAUUUUAAAAUUCGCGAAGAUUCACCGGACUCGGAUGGUGAGCCAUCACAGUCGUUAUUCGCACGAUGGAAAGGGGCACGAAAUAGCGGCGAUGGUAAAGGAAUGUCGCCGGUGGCAUCGUUAAGUGCUGCAGCGGCUAUACGAAACGCUUCAACGACAGCUUCACUCAACAAUCGUUCGCCGCAAGUGAAUCGAGCCGCAGUCACACCGAAACGAACCGAGCACCGGCCUAACGUUUCGGAUCAGGCCGAUGACGACGAAGCUAUCACCAAGAAGAAUCGAAAUCGAUCUGAGCUGAUGUACGAAGAGGAAGACGAUCGACCCAACGAGAAGUUGGACAAGGUCAUUCUGAAGGAACGAGAACGCUUGAAACGAGAGAAAAGUGAAAAGAAAAAUUCGGAGAAGAAAGGAAGUUCAGCAAAGACAACACCGGCAGUCAAAGAUCGUUCUGGUUCAUUGCCAGCUAGCUCUAAAACGUCGAAGAAUGACGCAAAUAAACCCAGUUCGAGCAAAGAAUCGGAUCGGUCGACAGCUACGGCAACAAGUAAAACGAAACGGCAGUCGUCUCCGGUUCCUGCUGAAACACCACCAGUUAAGAAAAUGAAGCCGACUAGAGAACGUACAUACAAGCCGUUCCAUAGGCUUCUGGAGGGUGUGGUUCUGGUUAUCAGUGGAAUUCAGAAUCCCGCCCGAGCCAACAUACGUCAGCAAGCGCUGGACAUGGGAGCGAAAUACAAAGCAGACUGGGAAGCGUCGUGCACACAUUUGAUUUGUGCGUUCAAAAAUACCCCGAAAUACAGACAAGUGCAUGGUCACGGUAAAAUCAUAACCAAAGACUGGAUUGUGGAGUGUCAUAAACGGAAGAUGAGGAUUCCUUGGAGACGUUUCGCAUUGGAUGGCGAUGAUGGUGACGCAUCGGAGAGUGAAGAGGAAAUAUUGGAUGAAUCGAUGAAACCAUCCAAGCCAAGUAGUCAGCAUUCCAAUGACACAAAGCCGUCACAACCAUCAACAUCGAAAUCUCCCAGUAAAUCGACUAUUGUUUUGUCCGACGAUGAUCCGGCCAGCGACAACGAAUCCUUAGACCGCUACAAUCUGAACUCAUCCCGCGUCGAAAGAAAUGACUUCGUCUCUUCAGGAUCCGAUACGGAAGACGAGAUUCGUCGGGUUCUGGAAAAGAAACAGAGCUCCACCACCGACCGGAUCACGAAAAGCCCACCAUCCAGCGACGACAUCUACAACGCUACGACGGAAGAAGACGAGGGCAACACAGUGACAUCGAAACCAUCACCAUCACCGAUCACACCACUACCGGAAUGGUUCAAGGGAAAGCGAUUUUAUCUGAGCCGAAACGUCAGCUCGACGGAUGAGAUCAAACUGAAACGCUUCGUAACGGUGUAUGGCGGCGAAGUGACGCUGGUCGCAUCCGAAUCGGAUUACAUUCUGUCGAAUGUGCCGAAAGCAACGCCGGCCGAGUAUAAGGGCGAAGUGGUGAAACCGCUGUGGAUAUUCGAGUGUAAUGAAUCGGAAACACUGCUGCCGACGAGGCGAUACAAUUUUUCGAAUUAUUGAUUGCGAAAGACGACUGUCGUUGGUCCAACCGGGUUUUUAUUCAAUAAAGCCACCGCACCGUUCAGUCAAA